UUGGCCAAAUAAAUGGUGCAAAAAAAAAAAUAAAAUAAAAACAGACCCUGUGGGUGACUUCAGUUUGCUGGGAGACACGACGCAGACAGGGCAAAAGUUAACUAGCUCCGGGAUUAUCAGUAAAAUCGAUCCAAACGAUGGUAUUUUGUGAGAUUGAGUUCAGCAAUAAUCCGCAGGGGAUUUUCUAUGCAGGCCAGCUUGUUUCUGGACAGGUGGUAAUAAAAACUGACAAGGCAAAACCAGUUAAAGCUGUGGUUCUCCAAAUCAAAGGAUAUGCCGAAACCCAUUGGGGUGAUACCCAAUACGAUCCGGAGGAUCAGUCGAACGGUGAAUCAUUCAGCGGACAUGUGGACUAUUUGGCCACUCGGGCUUAUCUGCAUGGGUCUAGCUCCAGCAUAGAGGUGGUUAUUGAGCCCGGCACCAGCACGUAUAGAUUCGCCUGUCAGUUGCCCAUCACAUGUCCCUCAUCCUUUGAGGGGACACUUGGUCGGAUACGUUAUCUGGUAAACGUGAGGUUCGUGCGCCCUUGGAAGUUUGACCAGAACUUUAAUCGCUGUUUCACUGUGCUCAAGGUGAUGGACUUGAACACCGAAAGCCUGAUGUUAAGGAUUCCCAGCCAGGUGGAGUCACAGCGCACUUUCUGUUGUUUUCCCUGUCGAUCGUCUCCAUUGAGUAUGCGCCUCUCCUUGCCGCAGGGAGGUUUCGUGCCAGGACAGACUGUACCAGUGGAAGUAACGGUGACCAACGACAGCGGCGUAGCUGUAGAGGAUAUAACAGUGAAACUGUCCAUGGUGGUGAUCUAUUAUAGUCAACCCCCGUGCGCAGACACCAACAAGGAUCACUUCGUGAUGGUCCAGAAAACAGGCGAGGGCGUGUCAACCAAAAGCAGCAAGCAACUUACUUUCGAUCUGAAGGUGCCACCAACUCCUCCAACCUGCUUCAACUUGUGUAGCAUCAUUCAGAUAGGCUAUCAGGUGGAAGCGGAGGCCAGGGUCAAAGGUUGUCACGGGGGUCAGUCCCUACACAUGCCCGUAACUAUAGGAAGUGUUCCGCUAUCACAACAGCUCCAGAAAGAGCCACGAAUUUGGGGCGAGGAGCAGCAACUUCAGCAACUAGAUGCCAGGGAAUUGGUUUUAAUUGCAAGCGAACCGGCUGGAGAGACACACUGUCCUCCCAAUCCUUGGGCUGCAGAUCCUUCUAUUGCACCGCCGAUCUAUGCCAAAGCCCAACACAUCUGUCCAGAUCCACACAAAUUCGACAAGUCUAAGAAGAAGUCCCAGAAAAAGCCCGCCAAAGGAACACCAGAGAAAAAGAAGGAGGACAUUUUGUUCACUCCUUUGUAUGGAGUUUUUGAUUUAUCAAAUCAAGUGGAAGAAGUGAUAGUAAUACCCAAUCAAAUCAAGACUGAUGGAGGUUAUGUCAAUGACGAAGUCGACAAAAGCACUUGGCUUUAGGAAAAUAAAAAUAUAUAUUCGCCUUUUGUAAAUAAUUAAAAAAUUAUUUAAAUAAA